GUCGGGCCCUCGAAACCCCAGCGCCCAGGGUGAGGGGCUUGCCGCUGCCGACGCGAGGAGCGCCCGGCCCGGAGAAGCGGGCGGGGGAUUCCGGCCUCCCACUGCCCCUGAAGCUGCGAUUAGCCCCCUCCCCCGUUUCCGGAAGUGCAGAAACACUCUGUGCACACAUUAGUGUUCAGAUCCUUGAAGAGAACCCAUGAUAUGUUUGUGGCUGAUAAUGCAAAGCCUAUACCAUUAGAUGAUGUAAGCCACAAAUUAAAGAUGUCAAUCAAGCUUCGCACAGAUUAUGCUUCUGUGCUGCACAUGCCUAUUCUGAAGGAAAAUUUUAGAGAGAAGGAUUCUCCGAAUACAGGGGAUCUCUAUGGACAUAAACAGUAUCCUGCAAAUCAAGGACAAGAACUUGAAUAUUUGAUAACAGGUACACAUCCAUAUCCACCUGGUCCUGGUGUGGCUCUGACAGCAGACACUAAGAUCCAGAGAAUGCCCAGUGAAUCAGCUGCUCAGUCCUUAGCUGUGGCACUUCCUCCUUCUCAGUCCAGGUUAGAGGGAAAUCGUACUGCUGCUGGUGUGGGUGAUAUUUACAGACAUGCCGGGAUUCCGGAGCGUGCACAGCCUCCUGGUUUGUCCAUGGCUCUGAUGGAAGCAGGUGGGAACAAAAAUUCUGCGUUGAUUGCAAAGAAAGCUCCAACAAUGCCCAAACCUCAAUGGCAUCCACCAUGGAAACUGUACAGAGUUAUCAGUGGUCACCUGGGCUGGGUGAGAUGUAUUGCAGUUGAACCAGGAAAUCAGUGGUUUGUUACUGGCUCUGCUGACAGAACUAUAAAGAUCUGGGACCUUGCAAGUGGCAAAUUAAAAUUGUCUUUGACGGGGCACAUUAGUACUGUACGAGGGGUGAUAGUAAGUGGAAGAAGUCCGUACCUCUUCUCUUGUGGAGAAGAUAAACAGGUGAAGUGCUGGGAUCUUGAAUAUAAUAAGGUUAUAAGGCAUUACCAUGGUCAUCUAAGUGCAGUUUAUGGUUUGGACUUGCACCCGACAAUAGACGUGCUGGUAACAUGUAGCAGAGAUUCAACUGCACGAAUUUGGGAUGUGAGGACAAAAGCCAGUGUGCAUACAUUAGCGGGACACACAAAUGCAGUGGCAACAGUGAAGUGCCAAGCUGCGGAACCACAGAUUAUUACCGGAAGCCAUGAUACCACAAUACGACUGUGGGACUUAGUGGCAGGAAAAACUCGUGUCACUUUGACAAAUCACAAGAAAUCUGUAAGAGCAGUUGUAUUGCAUCCAAGACAUUAUACAUUUGCAUCUGGUUCUCCAGAUAACAUUAAACAGUGGAAAUUCCCAGAUGGAAACUUCAUUCAAAAUCUUUCUGGUCAUAAUGCUAUUAUCAACACGUUGGCUGUGAAUUCUGAUGGAGUGUUGGUAUCAGGAGCUGAUAAUGGCACUAUGCAUCUUUGGGACUGGAGAACUGGGUAUAAUUUCCAGAGAGUACAUGCAGCUGUACAGCCUGGUUCUUUGGACAGUGAAUCAGGAAUAUUUGCUUGUGCAUUUGACCAGUCAGAAAGCAGAUUGCUCACUGCUGAAGCUGAUAAAACCAUAAAAGUGUACAGAGAAGAUGAUACUGCGACUGAAGAAACUCAUCCUGUCAGCUGGAAACCAGAAAUUAUCAAGAGAAAGCGAUUUUAAUGAGGCAACAUCUGCAUAGUUAUGCUAUCAUUUUGUUUUGUCUUUCCUGAGAGCAUUAUGCUCUGUAUAGAACUACAGAGCAGGAACUCAGCUAAAGUCAUUGCUGUUUCACCUUGUUUUACAAUAAAUUUUGUUUCUAUUA